ACAAAGAGAUGAGGAUGUUGUUGGCGGCACGGCGACCUCAUUACGGGGAACGCGUGUCGUAAUAUGGUCGAAACAAAAGCGUAAGGAGCGAUAGGCCUGUCGCCCCAUUAUCGACACGUUACCUUAAAAACAAACUAACCAGUGAGCGUAUCCGCAGUAACUUAGUGGAUUUAUAGGCUACUCGCGUGGGAAAUGGAGAAGAAAAGGUGGGAUUGCACUGCUCUCCCCAAGGGCUGGAAAAUGGAAGAAGUGACCAGAAAGUCGGGUUUGUCCGCUGGAAAAAGCGAUGUCUAUUAUUUUAGGUACUAAACGAACGAGGGCUUGCAAACAAAAAACUUCGAGUCCCUCUGGGAAGAAGUUUCGGAGCAAGCCUCAGCUGGCCCGUUACCUUGGCAACCAGAUGGACCUCAGCUCCUUUGAUUUCCGCACGGGGAAGAUGCUGAUGAGCAAGCUGAACAAGAACCGGCAGAGACUGCGAUAUGACAACAACAACCAGAACAAGGGCAAACCUGACUUGAACACAUCACUCCCGGUCAGACAGACGGCCUCCAUCUUUAAGCAGCCUGUUACCAAGGUCACCAACCAUCCCAACAACAAAGUGAAGACGGAUCCUCAGAAAGCCGUGGACCAGCCAAGACAGCUUUUCUGGGAGAAGAAACUCGGUGGUCUUAAUGCUUAUGACAUCGCAGAGGAACUGGUGAAAACAAUGGAGUUACCUAAAGGCCUGCAAGGUGUUGGACCAGGCUGCACAGACAAGACUCUGUUGUCUGCCAUCGCGAGCGCUCUCCACACCAGCGCCGCGCCCAUCACCGGUCAGCUGUCUGCGGCGGUGGAGAAGAACCCGGGUGUGUGGCUCAACACGGCGCAGCCACUGUGCAAGGCUUUCAUUGUCACGGAUGAGGACAUCAGGAAACAAGAGGAGCUGGUUUACAGUGUGAGGAAAAGGCUGGAGGAGGCGCUGAUGGCCGACAUGUUGGCACAUGUUGAGGAGGCUGCCAGUGAAGGGGAGGCUCUGAAGGAGGAUGGUAACGGCAGUGAAGACAUGGAGAGCGUAUAGCACAGGGUUUUGUAAAGCCUGGAUAGUUUUGUUCAACGUCUGCACACACAUACACACACAAGCAUACACACGACCAUGAACAGUAGGAGCCCUUCACCAGGCCAGCCCGAGGCGCUGCCCCAUCCCUCCAGUGACAACCUGAGCCCGACUUUCACCUUUACAACCUAAAGAACGGAGUCUGGGAUGCCAUUCGUCAUAGACUCCACUGGAUGGGAUUCUUUGACUGCAACACUCAUGAAAUUACUCCAUGUUGAUUUAUGACUAUGCUUUCUUUUUUUUGUUAAAGAAAUUUCCCUUAACAAGAAAUGCAAAUAUUAUAAAUAACUUAUCUAUGGUGUCAACUUCCGUUUUUGGGUGGUGGGUAUUUUUUACUAAAAGGCUUUGAAUGGGUUUGUAGUUUUUUGCGACAAUCAUGUCAAAUCCAAACAUUUAAUGUCAGAAAAGUUAAUUUGGGUGGGGGUUGUUAUUUUGGGGGGUUGGGCAGAUUUGAAAUGAAUGUUUUGUAUUAUUGGCAUGUCUUUCCUGGUUUUUAUGAUGCACUCCAUGAGUCGUUCCACACAACACACAGACCCCUCUUUUCCAGUGGAACUGUUUUUUCUGGAAGUUUGAACUAAUUUGAAUCGGCUUCAGCGCCGACCUGCAGGCCGCUGGCGUCUCUCAUGGAAAACAUUAUCUUUCAUGUCACCUGUGUUACCUGAGUCAUGUUCAGUAUCGACCAAAGAGGAGUCAUUUUGAGAAGUGUGAAGGAUGUUGACUUUUGUCUGUAUGUGAAAACAUGAUGGAGUUGAGCACUAUGGAAAAGAAAUGACUUGAAACCUCUUCUUCUCGUACAACUGUUACUGUUUCUGACCCUCACUACCAUUAUAUACAGUAGGUGCUUACUGAUGUUGUGAAACAUUGCUGUGAAGUGCCAUAGCUUUGUUUCUGUGUCAAUAUUACCCCACACACGCUGCCUCCACGCGAAAACCCACGCACAGAAGUGAUAAAGCAAAUGACGGUAAAGAUUUAGUUUUAAUGUCUUUUUGUUUAUUAUCAGAGUAAUAAUGAUCGGCUGUAUUCUGUGUUUCUGUGUCAAAAGGUUUGAUGGUGGAUAAUUUCAUUCACCUCAUUAAAUUCCCUUCUCGAUAUCAGCAGGCUGAUUGCUGAAAUGAAUUUGAUUGUAUUAUUAAAAUGAGUCAGUAUGUCA